AUGGCCCGUCUGACCAGCAAUGCGGUUCUCUUUGAUGCUAUAAAGAAAGGGCGCCUCGUGGAACGAGAUGGUAAGCCCACGUCUGUCAAUCGCAUCAAGCUCCCUGCUCUUGGGGGCCGCCCCGAGCAAUCAGUGCAAAUGGAGGUCACAAAGCCUGCGGAGGCUUAUCUGCAGCCGGGGAAAUUAGUCUUAUGCUCUGCUGAACAUGGUUCAGUGGCUCUACCACUGUACUAUUUGCGUGAUCUGUGCAAAUGUCCGAAGUGUGUUGACCCUCACUCGAAGCAACGGUCAUUCCGCACAAGUGAUAUCCCCAAGGAUGUGUGUCCGCGUGUCGUACGAUGGGACGGGACACACCUUGAGGUGGAAUGGGCAAAUGAUAUCGCCGGCUAUGCGAAGGAUCAUACAUCUCGCUGGGGCAUCGACUAUUUGAAAAAUCCCGUGCUGGACCCCCACGAGCAAAAGUCUCCGAACAUGAAACCUCUUCGUUGGACAAAGAACUUGAUGACUCGAUUGCAACACUGGGUGUCGUAUGACGAGUAUAUGAAUGACGACGCGAAAUUUGCCGCGGCGAUGCGCAAUCUUUCUCGCUUGGGCCUGAUAUUUGUGAAGGACAUCCCGGAUUCGCGAGAAAUGGUGGCGAAGAUCGCGACACGGAUGGGUCCCCUGCGCAACACCUUCUAUGGUGAGACCUGGGAUGUGAAGACCGUACCACAAGCCAAGAACGUUGCUUAUACCAACCAAUUCCUCGGCUUUCACAUGGAUCUCAUGUACAUGAACGAGCCCCCAGGUUACCAGCUGCUACACUGUCUCGAGAACUCGUGCGAUGGAGGCGAAUCGCUCUUUGCGGAUGCAUUCCGCGCAGCUAGGAUCAUGGAAGUCGAGUUUCCAACCGAGUUCAAAGCUCUGUGCCGCCGUCAUCUCGGCUACGAGUACAAUCACGAGGAACACAAAUACCACAACACUCGCCCUGUCUUCCAGCUAGACCCCAAGACAAAGGAGCUGCGCUAUGUCAACUACUCACCACCCUUCCAAUCUGCUCUUCCCGAGUACGAAGGCAAAAAGGGUUCCGGAAUCCACGGCUACGCGGAACUCAAGCGGGCCUUGAAUCACUUCCUCAAGGUCAUGGAGGGAAACUCGUCGGUCUUCCAGCUGAAGUUGAAUCCAGGUGAAUGUGUGAUCUUCAACAACCGACGCGUGGUUCAUGCGCGGAACCAAUUCAAUACCAGCUCUGGUUCCAGAUGGUUAGCAGGCGCCUAUGUGGACGAGGAUGCCCUAUUGUCGCGUUAUGCUGUAUGCCGAGCAAAGCAACCCACCACAUGGAAGGCUGCCGAUCCCUUUAACGGACUGGAUGGACUUCGCAAAGAAAUAGUUGGAACGACAGCCAGUGAGGCCCAGGCGGCGCUAACAGAGGCUCAAUCAUGA